CGGCGCGGCGCCGCUGGGCCCCGGCCACUGACGGGCGGGCGGCGCGGCGGGGCCGGGCGGGCUGCGGGGCUCCAGGGCUCUCGCCACCUGCCCGCGGCCGCCGCAGUCCCGGUGCCGCGGGCCGGGCGAUGCGGGGGUGGCGGCCGCCCGCCCGCCCGCGAUGUUCGGGGCGGGCAGGUACAGCAUCCCGCGGCCCGUCACCAGGAACCUGGAGGACCUGGACUCGGUGCAGAGCGUCCUGCUGCACAGUGACCUUGAGCCUGAGUGGUUGGAUAGUGUGCAGAAAAAUGGAGAAUUGUUUUAUUUAGAAUUAAGUGAAAGUGAAGAAGAAGUUCUGCUUCAGAACAGCUGUCCAGACAUGCCAGCAGUGAAUCAUGUCAGGUUUCGGGAAAAUGAAGCUGAAAUUAUUCAAGAGGGAUCACGAAAGGAAAGGAAGUAUGAACUGAAGAAAUGGACCAAAAUGCUAAAAAAGAAGAGUCUUUUACCAAAGAGUUCUGGUAAGAAAGGCAGUGGAAGCUGCAGUGAGCACCCCUCUGGUCCUACUUCCAUACUGAAGCACCGGUCUGCUCAGAAAAUGGGUGUCACUGUUCAGCAAAAGUACAAAGAUGUGUCUGUUUAUGUAAAUCCCAGAAAACUCUACAGUGCUGGGGAAGAAGAGCAGCAGAGGCUGCUGGAAGCCUUAGUAGGGAUUGUCCAUCAGUCUUCAUGGAGCAGCAGAAGAGUGGAAAAACAAGGCAGGAAGGAUAAAGCCACCAGAGGAAUCAGUGAAGAGAAGCUUGUGGUACAUGGCUUGGUGCCAGGUAGUUCUGCAGUGAAAACAGGUCAAAUCCUGAUUGGAGAUGUUCUUGUUGCUGUAAAUGAUGUCGAUGUGAAUUCUGAAAACAUAGAGAGGGUUUUGUCUUGCAUUCCAGGUCCUAUGCAGGUUAAACUGACAUUUGAAACCUCAGUAUUUGAGCCUGAAGGGACUUCUGAGCAAAGGAACAAACAGACACAGUCAAGUAUGAACAACCUGGUUCGGCUCCUGUGGGGAGAGGACACUUUGGACCUUCAGCAGGCUGUGCAGGAUGUGCCUCACAUUGUCAUGUUCCUCACACUGAAACUGGACUCUGAGACAUCCAAGGAUGAGCAAGAAAUUAUUUAUCAGUACCCCAUAUCUGAAGCAUCCCAAAAACUGAAAAGUGUGAGAGGGAUAUUUCUCACAUUGUCUGACAUACUGGAAAGUGUAACUGGUACCGAGAUUAUCAGUUCCUCCCUGUUCUUAUGUGAAAAACUGGUUCAAGUUGUUUACUGGAAAGAAUCUGACAAAUUGCUUGUAAUUGGCCUUCCUGAAGAAAAUGUGCCACUUUCUCAGCUGAGGAACAUGAUUCAGAAUGUUGUCAGGACCUUGACGUUCAUGUACGGUUCUUUGGACAGUGCUUUUUGCCAGGUGGAAAAUGUUUCUCGCCUGGAUCAUUUUUUCAGCCUGUUCUUCCAGCGUGCCCUCCAUCCUGCAAGGCUCCAGCCUGGCACCAGCCCCAGUGCCCAGCUCCAGGAUCCCUGCAGUGCCCUGCCCCCAGGCAGCCUCCCUGGCCUGCGCUGGCUGACGCUGCCCCAGGAAGUCAAGAUGGAAAUUGACACAGCACUGAGUGAUCUGGAAGCAGCUGACUUUGCAGAGCUGUCUGAAGAUUAUUAUGACAUGAGAAGAUUAUAUGUGAUCCUGGGCUCUUGUCUCUUUUACAAGGGUUACUUGAUUGGGAAUCACUUGCCAACAGAAGACCUUGUUGAUGUGGGUUUCUAUUGCCAGCACUACUGUCUGUUAGCCCUGGCAGCAGAGCAGAGGAUUGGGCAGUUAGUGAUUUGGCGGGAAGUGUUCCCACAGCAUCACCUCCAGCCCUGUGAGGAGUCGAGUUUCACAGGAUACAGGGAACCUGAAGCAAGAUACUUCUUACUGAUAGUUGGCUUGAGACACUUUGUCCUGUGUGUCCUGCUGGAGGCAGGGGGCUGUGCAUCCAGAGCUAUUGGGAACCCAGGACCAGACUGUAUCUAUGUAGACCAGGUCAAAGCAACCAUACUCCAGCUGGAAGGAAUAGAUGCCAGCAUCGAGGAAAGGCUGGAUUCUCCCUCCAUCCCACCUUUAGCCUGUGCUGACUGGUUCCUUCCUGGAGCACGGGACAGACUGGAGAGUUUGAGCACCUCACCAAUGCUGAGCAAGCUCCAGAGCUCCUGCAAAGCUGGGAGCACUGCAGGGAGCAAGAGGAGCCUCUUUGGGGACACUUUGCAGACCCCACGGAAGCAGAGCCCCCCGAGGAGCAGUGGGGCGGCCGAGCAGGGCAGCGAGGGGCCUGCAGAGGAGGAGAGCACCAAUCCACAGCCUGUGCUGGAGCAGGCCACUAGGAAAAAACACACCCUGCCAAACCCAUUUCAUUCAGGAAACCUGAAAAAGAACUCUUCAGAGAAAGAUACAGAAUUUCCUAAUGCUAUGAAGUUGACAUCUGGUCCUGACAAUACCCUCUUCCACUAUCUGUUUUUGGAGACAAUGCAAGGAAUCUUUAUUACUCCAACUCACAAAGAAUUAGCGCAGCUCGGUGGCUCCAUCCACCCUCAGUUAAUUGAGAAUUUCUACCAGUGCUGCCUUUCAAUCCGUUCCAUUUUCCAGCAGUCCAUGAGGAAAGAGAAAAAGAAGAAGGCAGGCAGUGGGAUUUCAGAAUUCAGUAAGGCAGCUGAGGACCCAGGUCUGGUAAGAGAACACGGACUGCUGUUUGAGUGCUCUCCUGAAAACUGGACUGACCAGAAGAAACCACCACCAACAAUGAACUACUGGGUUGUGGGGAGACUCAUUCUCCAUCCCAAACCUCAGGAGUGUUAUGUGUGUUUCCAUGACUCGGUGACAGAAGCUGCUGUGGAGCUGGCCUUUAAACUGUCCUUUGGCUUAGCUGCAUAGAUGAGCUUCCUGCACACUCGGGCAUCCUGCAUGGUGCUGUUCAUUCUUUAAAAUAUCCCGUAUAAAGGGACAUGAACUCAAUUUGGGAGCCACCCAUGGGGCAUCUUUGAAAUGCUUUCAAAAGAUCAAAUACCUUGUGGUAUGACACAGUUUCACUUUCAGUGGUGCUUCUGAUGAGCUCAUCAAUUGAAUACUUAUUUUCAGAGAACCAAAGUUCUUAUUUUUAUAUACUGUCAAUUUUUUUUAUCCUGGCGAUAACUUUAUUAUAUGAAAACACCACAUAAUUUGUAUGUUCACUGCUCUUCAGUGUACAAUAUGGACCAUAAAAUGGUUAGCUGAUCCUCAAAGUACUCUAUGAACAUGGAAAUUGGUGAUGGAGAAAAAAAAAUUUCUCCAGUUACUUAAAAUUUUGCACCUCUGAGGGCCUGAAAAAUACUGAAUGUUUUCAGUAGCAUUGUGUUAAUCAAAGCAGAGAGAAAUCUUUUAGACCAUUCCUGGCACUUAGCCUCACAAAACUAAUGGUUUACCAUUUUUGCUCUCCUGCACACUCAAGGAUUAUAGUGUGGUUGAUGUUUUACUUGACUCCGUGAGUUUUAACUAUAAAUAAUACUUAUGUUUGUAAAAAUGCAAUUUUGGAGGCACAAAGAAAGAAGAGGGGCAAGCAGGGUGGUUUUAAGAUAUGCAUGGACUUGGCUUAUUUUAUAUUCUUAAUUUCAUAAUAAAAAUUAUAUUUGUUAAAGAACAGUAAAGCAUUAAUUUUUUUAUUCUUUUUUUUACUUAAUGUAGUUUGUCUUUUGUUUUAUUGUUUUAUUCUACUUGUUUUUCAUGAGUGCUUUUCAUAGAAUGCAUAACCAGAAUUCCAUUUUAAACAACAGGAUCAAAAAGUUUUAAGUGUUCAGGAAAGCAAAUUCUGUUUCAUGGGUUCUCAUGGCCAAAUCUUUAGAUCUUGUUCUCACUAGUGAAUGACACAGUUUGGGGUAGUCCUAAAACAGUCAGUCAAAUGCUUGCAGUGCUCACAGGGUGAUUCAUAGCUUGUCUUCAUCACUCAACAGUUGCUUUAGUUCCAAGCAGUCUUGGGCCUGAAGUGCAUGCUGUGAUUGAAGACUUUGCUAAUCAGCUUUCUCCAGGAUUUAUGGUUCCUAGCAGAUGAGCAGCAGUAUUUCAGUCUGAGGCCUACAAAUCACAGCAGCAGUGUGUUAGCGCUGUUCCCCGUGUAUAAAUCAAGUGAUGUCAGAGUUACUCUGCUACACCUCUCAAAAGUCUAAAAUACCUGAGGUUUGGGCAUUAGAUUUCCUGGAAGAAGGAACGUGGAGCAAAGCGAGCAGUCUUUGCUGCAGUGCUUUUAGCUGUUUAUCUUCGUGUACAGGAGAACGCUUUCUUUAAUUUAGAAGAAUAAUGUAAUUCUAACAGUGCCACCAAGUUUCUGAUACCUGUAUCAGCUGUCAGGCAUUGCUCUGAGAUGAAGUGUGAGCACCCUCUCUGUCAGCCAAAAUGCUCAGGGAGGCUGCUUCAGGAGAGCAGUGUCUGCACAGCCCUGUAAAUGCUCUGCUCUCCUGCACUUUCCACUGGUAUCCCUAGUCCUAGAAAUGGGCAAAGUAAGGAAAUUGAAAAUCUAAGCUAUUUCUCAUAUUACUGAUGGUUCACUCAUAGUUUGAGAUUUUCUAGUGUUAACACCAAAUUCAUAUGCUGUUGUUAAGUUUCAAAAUAAAUCCAGAUUUCCAAAAGCAAGUCCUUGAAAAGGAAAGGACCUGGAAAGGAAGAUUUUUGGCCUUUGUUGCAACUCAUACCAAGUAGAAGAGAUAUUGUACAAUAUCCUUGGUGUACUGUAAACUUUAGAAACUUUAAAAUCUCUUUAAAUAACUUUUAAAAAGUUAUUUUAAAAAAUCCAUUUCUUUCUCUGUAGAACUUCUGGCACUGGUGGUUUGGUAAAUGUUACACAGUAUUUCCCAACACAGGCUCUAAAGGUUGCUUUUAAGGACGAAUGCAAACAUAUUUUUAUGUCCAAAGGGGCUAAAGGAAAACAGGUAAAAAUAAUCUUAUGCAUAUUAACUUUAAUAAACAAAAUAGAUCUGGUCAAGAGCUGUGAACUUCUUUCCCUCAGCAUGGCUGGUAAUUAGUGGUGGUAGAAAGAGGCAGGUUUCCUGUGUAGCCUGUUGUUACAGCAAUAAAAUUUGGGGUUUGAUCUUAAAUGAUUAAUGACUUUGUGAGGUGCCUGCAAAAGUCCCUCCAUUCAGAUGGAUUCUUGAAAGGCACACAGGCCAACACCCAUGGAAUUAAUGACAAGAAAUCAUGGUCUUGGAAUAUGAAAUGU